AUGGCGGACUCAUUUGCCGACGUCGCGAAGCAAUUCGUCGACUUUUACUACCAGCAGUUCGACAGCGACCGCAAGGGCCUUGGGCCUCUAUACCGCGACCAGUCCAUGCUCACAUAUGAGUCCAGCUCUGUCCAGGGCGUUAAUGCCAUCGUGGAGAAGCUCGCCAGUCUCCCCUUCCAGAAGGUGCGGCAUCAGGUCACGACCCGCGAUCCCAUGCCUGGCAUCGCCGAUGGCGGCGUGUUGAUCCUAGUGACGGGCGCUCUGUUGGUCGACGACGAGGAGCGACCGAUGAACUUCGCCCAGACAUUCCACCUGAUGCGCGACCCUAGCGGCAGCUACUUCGUCUCGCACGACAUCUUCAAGCUGGUCUUGGGUUAG